AUGAGCCAAAUUUACAAAGAUGGAGCUAAGGUACUCAAGCUAAUUAAAACAAAGAACAUCGGAUUAAAAGGAGCUUGCUUUAAAUUAAAAAGAAACGUUAGGCCAAUCUAUGCACUCAUAAACAAAAUUUUACCUGUACGCAAAAAGCUUGAAAAUGAAAUUCAAAAGAAGUGAAAAGAUUGUGAAGAUAUUGAACUCGCAAGUCUUAUGCUUUUUGAUUAUUGGAAAUCAGGGAAAAUUAGUGGUGGAGGAGCAGUUAAACACAAAAUCAUGGAAAAAUUUAAGCCCUCGAAAUUUUUAGCGAAAAAUCUGAAGAAGCAAAAGAGAUGAGUUAUCAUAAACCAAUUUAAAAAGCCAAAAAACACAAAAAUCCUAGGAAAACAAGACGAAAUCAUUCCUGAUUUGUAUUGCAUAGAAGACUCAGCAGAAAUAGCUAAAAUGAUUAAAAAUUCAGAGAUAAUUUCACAAGAAAAAGCCAGCUGCAUGCCAGUCGCAAGUCUUCGCUUAAAGAAAGGAAAUUGAAAUGCCAUAGACGCUUGUGCAGCUCCUGGCAAUAAAACUCUACAAUUGGCUGGAAGAAUGAAAAAAUUAUCGACUGGGAAAAUUUAUGCUUAUGAGUUGAAUCCAAACCGCUUCGGUCUUCUUAGAAGAAGGAUAAAAGAGUAUAGGGCUGAUAACGUAAAAGCUAUAAAUGGGGAUUAUCUAAAAGCAGAAAUCCCCAAAAACGUAAAAGUUGCAAUAGUAGAUCCAUCCUGCUCUGGGUCUGGCAUUAUUUCUCACCAAUUAAUCGACAAUGGAAAAAUAACAGUGCAGCCUGAUUUAGUGACAGAGCGUCUAAAAAGUUUAUCAUAUUUCCAAGAAAAAGUCCUCACCAAAACUCUUAACAUUCCAGGGAUCCAACAAGUUCUAUACUCGACUUGUUCAGUACACAAAAUUGAAGAUGAAAAUGUUGUCCAUAACGUUUUAUCAUCAUUUUGAAGGAAGUUUAAGCUUGUCAAAGCUCUUCCAAAAUGAAAAAGAAGAGGAUUUGGAGACUAUGGUGAAUUAAUGGUAAGAGUUAACCCUUUAGAGGACAAAACCCAAGGGUUUUUUGUUGCGCUUAUCAAGAGAAGAAGUCUGAGACUCGGCCAUCACAUUAUCAAAAGAACUCACAGAUAUUGGUCCAAGAAAAAACACAUAAAGUUUAAUUAG